CUUCUUCAAACCAAGAGCUUUCACUCUCGUACUCUCCCUUUCGCUUAAGCUCUACAUAAACAAGUUUUUAACAGCUGAACUUUUCGGCUCCAUAAUACAAAUUUCAUUCAGGCCAACUUCCAUGGUUGUUGCUUCUUACUCUUCACCAUUCAGGUUAUUUCAAUCCCUUUGGCUGCUUCUGCUUGUGUUCCUUAGGGGAAAGCUUUUGCUUCUUGAUAACACAAAUUUACCCAGUCUAGUAUCUGGAAGUGGUAGUAUUAUGAUUUAGUACUUCCAAAUUUCAAAGAAGGAAUCACCCUAUUUCCCGUUAUAUCGUGCGGUGAAAACUGUAGAAGAAGGAAAAAAUGGAGCACGGAUGGCACUGGGAGCAGGAAACACUGAUCGGUGAGCUGAUUCAAGGAAUGGAAUUAGCAAAACAGUUACGGAUGCAUUUGGGAACAGCAUCUUCUGUUGAGUCCAGGGACUUGUUAGUACAGAAGAUUUUGUCUUCCUACGAGAAAGCUCUUCUGAUUUUGAAAAUGAAUCGGCCUGUGGGACAGCCACAACAGAAUGUGGGAGCAACAUCUGGAGUGCCAGAGUCUCCCCUAUCCACAAACGGCAGCCCUCGGAGUGAUGACCUUGAAAAGGACAACCAGGAUAUCCGAGAUGUCUCAAAGAAGAGAAAGAUGUUGCCUAGAUGGACGGAUCAGGUGAGAGUAAGUUCUGAAAGCCUGCUGGAGGGACCUCAUGACGAUGGGUACAGCUGGAGAAAAUAUGGGCAGAAAGAUAUCCUCGGAGCCAAAUAUCCUAGAAGCUAUUACAGAUGCACCUACCGGAACACUCAGAACUGCUGGGCUACAAAGCAAGUCCAGAGAUCGGAUGAAGAUCCCGCCAUCUUUGAGAUCACGUACAGAGGAACUCACACAUGUGCCCUUGGCAACCAGGCAGCAGUUCCACCACCAGCAUCACCAGAAAAACAAGAACAUAAAUCAAACAACCUUAACUAUAACAAUAACCAACAAUGGCAAUCACAAGAUAUCCUCUUAAAUUUUCGAAAAGGCCUAAGGGUCAAUACUGAGGGCUUAGACAAUAAAGGGGUGGCACCGUCCUUCUCUUUUCCUCCAUCAUCAUUUGGGUGCCUUACGAGCGAAAACCAUACUUCUUCACCUUCAGGAGUACUUGAUAACAACAAUAUCUUGGGCAGCUUCUCUUCGCCUUUCAUGUCUCCUGCUACACCUGAAUUAAACUACUUUUCAGUUUCUCAUUCUCAGAUGAACAACUUGGGAGGGAUUCUUGAUGCACGGCAUGCUGAAUCUGUUCUCACGGAGUUGAUUUCAGCCAACACUUCAGCCACCAAUUCUCCAAUUAUGGACUUGGAUUUCUCACUCGAUCAUGUGGAGUUGGAUCCAAACUUCCCCUUUGACACCCCGGGAUUUUUCUCCUAAUUCAUUUUCACAAUCGAAAUAAGAGUAAAGGUAGGUCUAGAAUUCAGGUUACGCUGACCAGAUUAGCUGGUUGCGUCUGUUCAUCCUAGCUUGUGUUAUGACAUGAGCUAUUGCAUAAUAAAUAAGUCAGUUUCAAUUCAAUGUUGAUUUUAAGAAAUUUCCUCGGAUAACAAGUUUUGACAUUA